GCACUGCCCAAGGGCCCAGGGUCAGUAGGGGGCCUCAUGAGAUGUCCCUGGUACCUUUUUCAUAGGCUUUUUUGAGUUUGGGCAAGGACACAGGGGCCCCAUGAUCCCCUAUUACCCGGGGGCCCCAUGAGUUGUCAGUCGGUCCCUGAGUGUGUGUGUGUAUUUAUAUGUGCUUUUUUGAGUUUGGGCAAAUGGGUUUUACAUUAUCAUACAGAUGCAAGAUCAGCUUGAAGCAGGUCAAA